AAGCUUCAUCUUAGGUCGCCCGAGUAAAGCGAGCAAAUCGCGGAUAAUUCUCCAAUGAGUUCACCUUCACGCAAUUAAGUUUGAGUGCUGCGUCGCCUCUUCUUUUAAACAAUCUCCUUCACAACAACCAUGAACGGCUCGCUGUCCUCGAACACGGUGGACAUAAAACUCAAGCGAGGGCCGGCAGGCCUGGGCUUCAAUAUUGUGGGCGGCGUGGACCAGCAGUACGUCGUCAAUGACUGCGGAAUUUACGUGUCCAAAAUUAAGGAGGAUGGCGCCGCGGCGCUGGACGGGAGGCUUCAGGAGGGCGACCGGAUCCUAGCGAUCAAUGGUGUCAAGCUGGAGGAACAGACACACAGAGCUGCCGUGGAUUUGUUCCGGACAGCGGGGGAGGACGUGGAGCUGCGUGUUCUGAAAAAGUCGCCCCAUCAUAUGAACGGAUCCUCCGAUUCCCAAGCCGAUCCUGCGCUCUCAGCGCCUUAUCUAGGGCUACUCGCUGUGCUAACGGGAGCCGCCGCUGCCCUCUUCGCAUUCGUUUACAUCCGUAACAUCAGGAGACCGUUUUAACAAUUCCAUAUCUUUUUUUUUUCAGGAUUGAGCAUGUUCCUUAAGGCCAAAGAAGGGAAGGGAAAUUGAAAAAAAAAAAAAGUUUUGUUUUGUUUUUUUUCGAUGAGCUAAUGACACUUAAGCAUUUCUCUUCGCAGAGAUACAUGCCAUCGCGCUGCUUUGUGGGACGUCCCUUCGUAACAUGGCCACCCUUAAGGGAAAAAAAAAGCGACUAAGAGACGCCUCGAGCGUCGCCGUCCUUUUUGUUUCGUCUCAACGUAUUCCAGUCAGACUUGGCAGUGCCUUCUAAUGCGGUUGCUUUUUUUUGUUGUUAUUGUUGUUGCGCUUUAUCGCCGUCAAAUGUGCACAUUUCUGGCCAGUCAUCCACGCAAUUAACACUACAGUAUUCUGGUAAGCCAUCAAUCAAUGUUGAACAAUUGAGUCAUGGUUCGUACCUUCAGGUUAAAAUUAACUGCAUGACUUGGCUGUGACUUUUCAGGGGCGCUGUAGAUUCACCUUCAACUAGUUGACGUGUUAGAACAAAACACAACGUUCGGUAUGAUGACUUGAGACGUGACUUGACUUGAGACAACUAAGGUAAUCCAAACAAAAAUAUUAAGCUUCAAUAAGUAUAAAAUAAGAAAAAUGUCGGGGGAAAAUAAGCAGCUUUAAUUUUAAUGAUUAAUUGAUCAAUCGAGAUUUUGGUGACUGUUCAUCUCUACAAAAUAUAUAAAUAAACGCAGCAUCAUUUUUCCAAAUGCUUCCUAAUUUAAUUCGAUUAUCGCAAUUUGAAGCAGUAGAGGCUUUUAAUGGCGUGCAGUACUUGGCCGUGACCUGCAGGGGUUCCACUGAGUCGCUCUCAAUUUAGAAAUGAACGCAUAGGUUAAAAUAUACAAACUGACAAAAAGGUCAAAUAAAAAAAAAUGUAAAGUAUAAAUCACAUCAUCACAUGCCAGAAUCUAAAUCAUGCCCAUGUAAAAAAAAACAAACCUAACUGACAAUAGAUGUCGCAAGAUGGCAUCAAAGCACUUUUCUCAAUUGAACCUCCUUCGCUCAUAUCAACAUAGUUCCUUGGCCACCGGAUGGCAUCAAAGAAGCGUUGAUGUUAGGCGAGGCUUUUGGCUGCACACGAAAACAGUGAAGAGGUGUGAUUUUCAGCCAAUAACCAAGAAUUGGUUCCUGGUAAUAAUCCGGCAAUGACAAACCGCUAAAAUGCGAAAAUUGACUGUUAUCGGGUCUUGUCGCACUGGUGAUUCAAAUUGGAGUGCGCUGCUUGGCUGCUAUCUGAAGGCGUGCUUCUGACCAGUUAGAUUGUGUUAAAGAACAAUAGCUAUUUUUUUUUGGGGGGGGGCAUAAACGUCACAUUUUAUAGGUUAAUUCAGUUAUAAAAAUGUGUUAUUCUCCUUAGUACUUCAAGAUUGAUCAAAAUAUAAAUUAAAACUUUUUUUUUAAGAUUGUAAUAUUUGUCGGUCAACACUGCCACUUUUAUACCGCAAUAUAGUUUGGUAGUCAAAUAAACUAUUUUCAAACCUCGCACACCGAAUCAACAAGGUUUUUUUUUUGUUUGUUUGUUUUUUGGGCUGUUGGCACUAUUCUUACCUGAAAAUGGAACCACAGACACUACAUAGUGUUGAAUCAAGCCCGGUCUUUUAAAGUUGCCAAGUCGGUGUCCUGUGAAUUCCAAGUCUUAAUUCGAGAUGCCGCCAUUUUUGAAAUCACAUGACUUCUACAUUCCCCAUGACUGUGCAAAGAGGCGUGAGUAGCUCUGAAGAGAUCAGGGGGGCGUUUUGGGGGAUUUAAAGGUUUAUUUUUGCACUAGCCACAAUCAUGGAGCAUCUCCAAUGGGAAAGAAAGUUGUGCGCGCGUGUUGCAAAGUUUCUAGUGUCUGUUGUCUUGUAAAUACAUUUCAUGUCACUCUGCUGAGGAUUGUGAAUACUGUGCGCUGUGUAUGCCAGAAGAGGAAAUAAAUGAGAAAAAUUCAAGUGUUUUACAUCACA